AUGGCUGGGUUUAAUGGUGAGGUGGAUCUGAGGGCCAGAUUAGCGGUAGUGGAAGAAGGUGAAGAGGUGUUUGAUUACUCGGGAGCAGGGGUGGAAGCGGAGACUGAGAAGUAUAGAUGGUGUUUGGUGGGAAGGUUUUUGACUGAUAAGCAGGUGAACUGUGAGGCUGUUAAGUCUGUUCUUCCUCUUAUUUGGAAACCAGUGAAAGAUGUUUGUGUUACGGAAGCGGCUCCGAAUUUAUUCCUCUUCCAGUUUUUCCAUGAGAUGGAUAUGCGGAGAGUUGUUGACGAUGGUCCGUGGACUUUCGAAUACCAUCUGCUGCUGUGUCGGCAACUGGUUAUAGGAGAAACGAUAUCGGAGGUUCAGUUAUGGGAGGCGACGUUAUGGGUGCACCUGCUGGAUAUCCCUUUAGGGUUUGUCUCUAAAAAACUUGGAGAAGACGUUGGUAAUUUCCUAGGGUCAUUUGUGGCCCAUGACAAUAGAAGAUCAAAAACUGUAGAAGGGAGUUCGAUGAGGGUCAGGGCCAGCAUUGAUGUCAGAAAACCGUUGAGGAGGAGGAUGAAGUUUAAAUGGAGUGCUAGUGCUACUAGUUGGAUCACCUUCCAAUACGAAAGGAUUCCAAUGUUUUGCUUCUACUGUGGUGUUAUGGGCCAUUCGGAGAAGUUUUGUGUAAAAUUCUUCGACAACCCUAUCCCAAAAGAGAUGAUGCCCUAUGAUUCAAGUUUGAGAUUCGUGCUAAAGAAGUCGGCGGCGCCGAAGCCGGACAGGUGGUUGAGGAGUUCUAGUCCGGCAAGGGAGGAGAAUGGGGAAGAAAAUGCUGAGGUGGAAAGUUUGAAUGAAAGAAUCGCUGAAAAUCUGUCAUUGGCAAAAUCUGCGCAAUCAUUUGAAAAUCAAAAUAGAAAGUUCCGGGAAAAGGAGGUUUUUGAGGGAAAAUCUGCUGACCUAGUAAUUAGAGAGGGCGGGAGAUCUAAUCAAAUCAAUUCAAUUAUCAGCAAAUCUAGCUUUCCAAAUGUGGUGGAUGGUGAGGUGGCAAAUGAAUCUAAGAGAAAAAGAGCAAAUGGAGGAAGUGUUAUUGGGCUUUUAGAAGGUGGGCCAAGUUUUCUUGUCUCUGACAUGAUUAUUGAUCCAUCAGUUUACAGACCGGCGGGCCUUGGUAAUCAGGCCGGCCAUAAGCAAUGA